AUGCCAGGCCUGUUUGGGAACAUGGGGAACCAUGGAUUCAAGACCCAUCUGCUCUUGCUACAAGGCUGUACAGCACGCCGCGCCAUUGCAAGUAGAGAACAACAACAACGCCAAAGUACCGUUGGCAAUGCCGCGCAGUCUUCAAAGGCAGAAGGUUUUGACAGGUGGGUUGUUGGGCCGGCGCGGUUGAGAGAGCUCGGCAGGCAAAAGGUGCAACUCUUGCUGCCCGCCCCCCAGAUGCAUACAAGGACAGGCUUGAAAGCCUUCCGGGACGCGACGACACCGCGCGAAAACGAGAGUAAGAUUUGCUGGGAUGUGAUGUUACGCAAAUUCUUUGCUGCCAGAGGCGUGAAUAACGCCCAGGGCAUGCACUCGCAUCAGCAUGCCUCAUCCCCUGAUGUCUGCGAACGCGAGAGCCGCCUCAACACCCAAGACAACGCCGGGUAA